UGGCGUUCAUCCACCUCCCACGGGUCCGUCGCACGGUCCCGCGGCCCAUGUUGAUGGCCUGACAAUCUCUGGUUUCCCUUCAUCCUCGAGGCUGAUAUGACCUCAGUGGCGUUGUGCUAGAAGCGUGGCACAUUCCAGCAGGUCUUGACUUCUAUCUUUAGUCCAAACAAGGCACUAGCUAAAGGCAGCUGGAAGGACUAUACUGCAUCCGGAGGUCAAUAUGUGUAGGGAAGUCUGAAUCUACGAUGGGCUUACAGCGCCUGUAUGAAGUGCGGCGCCUGACGCUGGCUGCCACAAGCAUGUUUUAUCACGAAACCUCGACGGCUGAUGAACAAUUUGAAUGGCAGUGGCUUCCAGUGUCACAUGCGCUUACAAAGGCCGAAUGUCACUGUACACGCGUACGCCGACCAUCCCUGUUCUCAAGCAGAACACUUACGAUGUUUUACAACUUCUCUUGGUCUCGUAUGAGGCGGCCGCCGAAGAAGUAUCGCCUUGUUGACGAGUGUGCCACUCCGAUUCCUUUUCCAAUUGGGAAAUCUUCUUUGCUGGAGUACAAAUAUCAACCCCUCACAGGCUGGGUAUCCUGUAAUCGACUUGUUUCACGUUGGUUUCGAUCAACAUAAGCAUGUUCGUACUCCACCUUUUGCCGUCCCUGCUUUUGCUUUUCUUCAGACUUUCUGGGGUGUACGCACUUCUUUCUGAAGAGGUCCAUCCCAGAGCCAAUGUAGCAACCACAUGCGCCCAAAUCGAGAGUGCAAUCUCGUCGGCCUCUUCCGUAUACUACCCAGCUUCUAUUCAAUGGACGCAAGACAUCUUGCAUUGGGCAUCAAAUGCUGCACAAUCCUCGGCAUGCUCUGUGGAACCAGGGAGCGUGCAAGACGUAGCCAUCAUUAUGCAAAUUUUAGCGAGCACGCAAACGCCUUUUGCGGUCAAAGGGGGAGGUCAUUCACCCAAUAUUGGCUUCAGCUCUACUACAGGCGUCCAGAUUGCGAUGUCACGUUUCUCCGACGUUAACUACGAUGCAGCAUCAGGAACUGCUGAGAUUGGAGCUGGCCUCAUUUGGGAUGAUGUCUAUGAUGCGCUCACUCCCCAAGGUGUCAAUGUCAUUGGCGGCAGAGUCACUGGCGUUGGUGUCGCUGGCUUUACUUUGGGCGGAGGAUAUUCUUGGAAAACCAAUCAAUAUGGCUUGACAAUUGACAGCAUGGUCUCUUACGAGUUAGUCCUUCCAAAUGGCACUAUCGUCUACCCUAGUGCGACUUCGUAUCCGGAUCUCUUCUGGGCCCUCAAGGGGGCAGGGCAAGUAAACUUUGGAAUCGUCACGCAGUUCACGAUGAAGGCAUAUCCACAGACAGACGUUUGGGGUGGCUCCAUCACCUACCCGGUCACAGAGCUCAACGCUGUUGCAAACGCCAUUAUCCAAUUUAACAGCCAGAAUACAGACCCGAAAGCCAGCAUUCUGCCAACGUUCGGUGUAACUCUUGAUCUUCCUAUUGCCAUCGUCAUUCUAUUUUACGAUGCACCGACCCCACCUACGGGAACGUUUGAUGCGUUCUUCAAUGUUCCUUGGGUAUAUUACGACCUUUCGACCCAGCCAUAUGGAGAUAUGGUGAGAUCAACGCCUUCGAAUCUCACUAUGUACAACAGGCUGGCAUUUAACACAGCCCCGGUAUAUAACCUCUCCUCGGCUGUCCUUGCACAGGUGAUCAAUCAGACCAUCUACUAUGGUGACACGGAUACUUUGCUGGGAGAGCUUCUGGAUGGUAGUUGGUACUUCUCGAUCGACGUGGAGCCCUUCCUACCCUCAGCCUUCACAAACAACAAUCAAGGGGGCUCUUACCCUCACGAGGAUGCUCUAUUACCGAUCUGCUUCACUUUCUCUUGGGAAUCAUCCCUUGAUGACAGCUUCUGGAUGAACGCAAUCCAAGACUCGGCGAACAUCGUCACGCAGACGGCUAUUGCAGAGGGCCAACCGUUAACUGGGGCGGAGAUGAUAAAAUAUAACAACUAUGCACCGGCAAACACUCCUCUAGAUCAGCUGUACGGAUCUAACUUGGCAAGGCUGCAAUCGAUCAAGGCUCAGUACGACCCCAACAACGUAAUGGGUCUCACUGGUGGAUUCAAACUUUGAGUAUUUGUUGUAGUACAGGAUAUGAGAUGGUAAUAUACAGACAUGAAGACGUCAACUUUAGGUUGAGGAUUAAGAUGGCUGUGAGGCUUGCGAGGCCUUUUGCAGUGUAGAUUCUCCUUUCUGGAUACUGUCGAUCAACAGCGGUAGUUCCCCAAUGCCGAUGGAUUGAAAAAAGUGCAGAUGGCUGGCGCGAGCGAUACGCAAGGCUCUCCAGUUGAGGGAUGAGAUCGUCAUCUCCUCUUGAACGAUAACGGAAUCUGUAGGUAAAGAUGGUAUCGGUGGUUUAGG